CCCUUGGCGCAGAUGCGAUUAAGCGGGACAGCCUGAUCGUCCGUGGUCUCUAUGAAUUAUCAGCAGUUAACAACGUCCCUCGAGUCGCAUAAUCUCCGCAACAACCCCGGAGCGCAUCCCUUCCAACCGCCGCGUGCCCAUGGUGGUGCGGGUACAGCCCUCUCACUAUGGCCGCCUUCGUGCGAGUGUCGGGCCCGCCGAACGGUAAUUUUCUGAUCGGCUACCCUGGUAUCUCUGCGACUAUGCCGCGAAUUGAAGGUAAAGUCGAGAUCAGACCCAGCGUCGGCAUCACCGCACCUGUCAAUGUAUCCCUCGUGACCGUAUCUCUCCAUCGCCGUGAGACAAUACACCCGUCAGCGGACUCCGUGACCAAGAAGCAUCUUGCGCCCCCUAGGAAGGAAUUAACUGAUAUUGUCGGCAAGGAGAUGCUGCUUUUCCGAUGUCCGGCCGGUCGAGAAUAUGAGGAAGUAAUAUCCAUGGAUUUGCCUUUUGUCCUCUUCAUCCCGUUCGGCCGUGGUGGUUCGGACUCUUCAAGACGUGUCCCUCCGGCCAGCCUGCAGCUCCCCAGUCGCACUGCGGAGACAUACUACGAGAUUGUCGUGACCGUCCAGCAGGGACAAUCGGAACAAAGGAAGUAUGCAUUUCCAGUCCCGAUCUCACGAUACGACACAUUAUCCACGUUUGGAAUGUACAAUCGCCCUGAAUCGGCCGAGCGGGUGACGGAUCACUUGGUGACUUUAGGAAUCUCGUUACCGCGAUGGUCUUACGGGCCUCUCGACCCCGUCAGCGUCUAUGUCAAGCUAUCACCAAAUCCGGACUGGAUGACCAAAGCAAGGAAAGUCACAAUCAACAAGAUUACAAUUGGUAUCGAUGAAGAGAUCAUCUACAACCACGAAGGCGAUGAACCACAGCGCAAGGUCAAAACGCUGGUCAAACGAACAGAACCAAUCGGCGUGAAGUUGCCGCCUACCGGCUUCUUGACGAACUUGGGCUUGGUAUAUCCAGCAAAGGAUCUGCGAGAUGCAGAGGGAAUUCUUCCUAGAGGUAGAGCAGCUUUUCCAACGUAUGCUGUGAGCGGUUUUACUACUACAGCUAGUCUCUACAAAAUCGAGUACUAUUUGACAGUCAAGGCGCAUUUGACGUCUGCACGAGACAUUGCGAUUCGACAGCCAAUCGUCGUUUGUCCUCUUGACCAUGCGGGGUGCAAAGAAGAAAUGGAAGCCAUCGAACAAGCUGCUCGAGAUGCAGUCCACGUGAACCCAGACAACCCUAUGUUGCCUCUCCCGUCUAUUGUACGGCCCAAUGAUCCCAAUGCCCUGCGACAUCUCGGAGUGGCAAUUGUUGGAAACCAGAAGAAGCCACUAAUCGAUUGAGAAAUGGCUCGGUUUCCGAAUUCACAACAUUUUCGAACUAGACCAGAAUAUCUGUGGUCUGCUUAGAAGUCCUCUACUACCUCAACUGCCAACCACCUGUGACAGAGCCGAAGUUCCAAUCACGGCGGUACGCCCUGCUUUAGAAGCAAAGCAUGGUCAUGUUUUACGAAUGCAUGGGU